AUGGAAUCUAGAGUCAGGGGGCAAUUAGAUUUUGUUUCUUUGAAGAAAAAAUUAUCCAUUAAAGUUACAGAGGGUAAUUUGAGUAAUUUGAGAGAGUUAGCUGGAAGAAUGAAGACCAUAUCAAGGAAUAUGUUCAAGAGGAAAUAUGGGAACUUAUUAGGUUUGCUGAAAGUGGAAGUUCAAGUUGCAGCACUCACAGCUUUGGCCCAAUACUACGAUCCACCGUUAAGAUGUUUAACCUUCCAAGAUUUUCAGUUGGUACCCACAGUAGAAGAAUUUGAGCAUAUUUUGGGUUUGUCAAUGAAGGGCAAGGUCCCCUAUAGAUACUCAGACCAACAUAUCUCAACUGUCACGUUAGCAGGGAUCUUGAAAGUGCAUCCUGCUGAGCUAGAAGGUUUUGGAGAAACAUUCAUGGAUGUGUUAGCUCUCACAUUCUACGGAGCCAUGCUUUUCCCUAACAUGGAGAAUAUCGUUGACCACACCGCCAUUAAUGUGUUUGUGGCUUACAAAAAUCAUUUAGAAAGCCCAGUUAAUGUAGUUUUGGCUGAUAUGUACGGAAGUCUCAACCUUUUCCAUGAGUUUAAGAAGAAGAAGAUGUUAUGUUGUUUACCUGUGUUGUACGUGUGGUUCAUCUCAAGAAUUAAUAAGGGCAUUUCAAAUGCUGAAGGUCCAGUUGAAGAAGUUUUAUUGAACAAGCCAGAAAUUAAAGGGGCAAAGGAUUGGGCCCAAUUUUUUGCAAGCUUGAAUGGGGGAAAGAUCAGAUGGUGCCUUCCUUGGCAAUCUAGGUCACGCAUCAUUUCAUGUGGAAAUUUUCCUAAUGUACCUUUCAUAGGCACAAGGAGCUGCAUAAAUUAUAAUCCUGUGUUAGCUCAACGACAAUAUGGGUAUCCCAUUCGGGGCACUCCAAGUCCAGGAGCUUUGCAGCCCAUAUGGACUCAUUAUGAGGAAGGAUUUUCCCUUGAUUUAAUUCGACAAAUUAAGUGUGCUUGGGAGGAGGUUAUGCGUGUGGAGGAAGAUCCAAGGUCUUGGAUAAUUAAGGACAAGAUGUCUUACAGUCGAUGGAUUAUGGAGAGAGUUAAAGUGAUAAAGCUACCCUUCAAGUCAGACUUCUCUCCUUCAGAACAACCACAACCAGCAGAAUCUGAGGAAGUGACAAUCCUGAAAGGAGAAAUAAAGAUCUCCAAAGGCUCCAACAAGAAUAUAUAG